CGCGCCGGGAGGGACCAGCCUCGCCUCUUGCAUCUCGGGGAGGAGGAGGAGGAGGCGGAGGAAGAGAAGAAGGAGGAGGAGGCUCUGCUGCUGCUUUUCCGUCGGUAGUAGCGGCGCGGCUGCGGGAGAAGAGGAGGAUGAGCCGUGCGGUGCUGGCCUGGCUGGUGCUCUGCGGGAGCCUGACGGCGCCGCGCCUUGCCCGAGGGGACUUGUGUGACUCCAACCCUUGCAAAAAUGGUGGCAUCUGUCUGUCAGGGCUGAAUGAUGACUUUUACUCAUGCGAGUGUCCUGAAGGCUUCACAGAUCCGAACUGUUCUAGUGUUGUGGAGGUUGCCUCCACUGAAGAGGAACCAACUUCAGCAGGACCCUGCUUUCCUAAUCCAUGCCAUAAUGGUGGGAUGUGUGAAAUUAGUGAAGCAUACCGAGGCGACACAUUCAUAGGAUAUGUUUGUAAAUGCCCAGAAGGUUUUAAUGGGAUUCACUGCCAGCACAAUGUAAAUGAAUGUGAAGCUGAACCCUGCAAGAAUGGUGGAAUCUGUACAGAUCUUGUUGCCAACUAUUCAUGUGAAUGUCCAGGUGAAUUUAUGGGGAGAAACUGCCAACAGAGAUGCUCUGGCCCACUAGGGAUAGAAGGAGGAAUUGUGUCAAACCAACAAAUUACUGCAUCAUCCACUCAUCGAGCUCUCUUUGGACUCCAGAAAUGGUAUCCAUACUAUGCACGACUUAAUAAGAAGGGUCUUGUGAAUGCUUGGACUGCUGCAGAAAAUGACAGAUGGCCGUGGAUUCAGAUAAACCUACAGAAGAAGAUGCGAGUCACUGGAGUUAUAACCCAAGGUGCCAAAAGGAUUGGAAGUCCAGAGUAUGUGAAAUCUUACAAAAUUGCUUAUAGCAAUGAUGGGAAGUCAUGGACGAUGUACAAAGUAAAAGGCACAAAUGAGGAUAUGGUGUUCCGUGGAAAUGUGGACAACAAUACCCCAUAUGCUAACUCCUUCACACCUCCAAUAAAAUCACAGUACAUACGCCUGUAUCCUCAGGUUUGCCGACGACAUUGCACACUGAGAAUGGAACUCCUGGGCUGUGAGUUAUCAGGUUGCUCUGAACCCCUGGGGAUGAAAUCAGGGCAUAUACAGGACUAUCAAAUUACUGCCUCCAGUGUUUUCCGAACGCUCAACAUGGAUAUGUUCGCUUGGGAGCCCAGAAAAGCCCGACUGGACAAGCAAGGCAAAGUUAAUGCCUGGACCUCGGGCCACAAUGACCAAUCCCAGUGGCUGCAGGUUGAUCUACUUGUCCCUACAAAAGUCACCGGCAUAAUUACUCAAGGAGCUAAGGAUUUUGGUCACGUCCAGUUUGUGGGAUCCUACAAGCUUGCCUACAGUAAUGAUGGGGAACACUGGGUCAUAUACCAGGAUGAAAAACAGAAGAAGGAUAAGGUUUUCCAGGGAAACUUUGACAAUGACACACACCGGAAGAACGUCAUUGACCCUCCGAUCUAUGCCCGGCACAUCCGCAUCAUCCCAUGGUCGUGGUAUGGCCGGAUCACCCUGCGGUCAGAGCUGCUGGGCUGCACGGAGGAGGACUGAGGUGGGGUUCUGCUGGGCGUCAUAGCUCUCAGUACCCCUACUGGUCCCUUCGUAGAAGAAACUGCAAAGCCUGUAGGAAGCUGAGUGGGUUUUUCAUGAUCAAGUGCUCAUUUUAUGGUAGGCCGCUAAAUGUCUUUCGCAAGGAGGUCUAAGCCUGCCCUUUAAAUGAUCCAAUCCGAUUUUGUCCUUGAAAUAUGUUAGUGUUGUCCCUUUUGCUGUGGCAUUAUCUUUCUAGCUCUCCUUUAAUUUGUUCACACUAGUUGAAAUGUGUUAGGGAAAAACAGCAGCAUCCUUUUUACAAGGGAAGAGAAAGAGCAUGACAAAGCUCAUUUGCAGCUUCAGUAACAUUGGGCUGACAAGUUCUCCAUAAAUCAUACUGUCAUCUUACUUGCAAAAAGUGAUACUGCAGCUUUUAGCAAUAAGUUUACUUGGGGAUGACUGCAUUAUAGUAAUUGUGCCUAUCAAACACUGUCACUAUUUAUGACAUAUUUUGGAAAAUACUUUGUGGUACCGUAAAAUACAGUACCUGUGAUGUUACUAGCUAGCUUUCAUUAUUCCUAUCUAAACAGCAGAGUCCAUUCACCUAAAGGGUUUUCCUAGCUAGCCCCAUGUUCCUUCUCAAUUUUGCAUAUUAUAGACAUAACCUUCAUGCUUUCUGUUCAGUAUCACUGUUAAUGUUAUUUUCUUUGAAAGACCCAUUUGUAUAUGGAAUAAAAUUUGCUGUCAGUACAUUAUGAAGUUAACGAAUUUGCCAAAGUACAUUAAUUCUGCUUGAAUGGUGUUCUUGCAAGGAUGCUGAGGUGAGACAGGCGGGUUCUUGUGGUUCCAUGUCUUCAGUACAUGCAAAGAUAAAGGCACAGUGCACAGCAUAAAUCCUGAACCCAUUGCAUGACUUACCCAGGAGUGAACUGCCCUCGAUAGAGCUGCCCAUCUGACUUCUUCUUUCAGAAACCUUCUUCCUGUGAGGAGACACAUGAUAUGAAGGAAUGAGGUGCCAUGAAGCGUGUGGAAGGAAUGACCUCCUUGCUGCUGGGAAAUCUUCCUGCUGGGCCUUUCUAAUGGCACCAGUCAUGUUCUUUCUCCCAAGCAUGGAGGCAAGAGAUGUUGUAGGAGUGCACCAGAUUUGGGCACUUGGUUCCCUCUGCUCCCAGCUGUGUCUUUGCUGAGUAUGCCACUGAGCCACAAGGAGGCUGAUCUUUGUCAUGCUUCAUCUACAGAAAUGCUUCAUACUAUGCUGUUUUAAGAAAGCAUGUCCAGUUAGGGCCCUAGGACCCAGAAAAAAAUUAAACAGUGAUGGGAUUUGUAAGAUGCUAGAAGUACAGUUAGGCAUUGGGUGGCAGUGCAGAUUUCAUUGGGUGGAGGCGGAGGGUGCUGCUAUGCCUUAUAGGAUCUAGAAACAAGACAGGUCAAUGGACUUGGCUGCAUGAGGUAGCUGAGCAGCAAGAGUGAAAGAAGGGAUGGGGAAGGGCAUUGCAGUCAUGGCUCUGGUGUUUGUUUGCUGGGCAGUAACCUCACCCCACAAAUGGAGAUAAUCACACCAACCUUGUGAAGCACUCUGAGCUUCCUAAGCACAAGGUGCUCCAUGAUGAUGUAGCACCAGAACCUUUAAGACCUUGGGACAAGGAGUUAGGAGAUGUUGUAUUUGCUACCUGAAAUAAUGGGAUCACAUGGGAUCACACUGUUAACUUCAUAACAUGCUGAUGGCAAAAUAUAAAUUACU